AACAUUCUCCACAAACCUCAACAUCAACUCCACACUCACAAUUUCUGACAGGCGUUCUGUGCAGCCGCCGCGUCCCGGGGUCCUCAGCCUUGACAUUGCCGCGGUGCAUGCUGGGUCCUUCCUUUCCAACCCAGGCUCGCAAUCUGCAAACAUGGGAAAGUGUCGCGGUCUGCGUACGGCCAGGAAGCUCCGCAACCACCGGCGGGAGCAGAAAUGGCACGAUAAGCAGUACAAGAAGGCUCACCUGGGCACGGCGCUGAAGGCCAACCCGUUCGGAGGAGCCUCGCACGCCAAGGGCAUCGUGCUGGAGAAAGUCGGUGUGGAGGCCAAGCAGCCCAACUCUGCCAUCAGGAAGUGUGUGAGGGUGCAGCUCAUCAAGAACGGCAAGAAGAUCACCGCCUUCGUCCCCAAUGACGGCUGCCUCAACUUCAUCGAGGAGAACGACGAGGUUCUGGUGGCAGGUUUCGGUCGUAAAGGCCACGCCGUCGGUGACAUCCCCGGAGUUCGCUUCAAGGUGGUGAAGGUGGCCAACGUGUCCCUGCUGGCUCUGUACAAAGGCAAGAAGGAGAGACCCAGGUCAUAGACAGGAAUCAUACAAAUAAAAAUAAAGUGCUUUUUCACCCCCA